ACGUGGCUACAGUGUCGCGCUGAACCCCACGGAGAACGGACGACCUGCCCAAACUCGCCGGAUUCCUACCGGUCCCGGCCAACCCACCUCGCCGAACCAAUCUACUCCGUACCAACCACGAGCUCGAAACCCUAGCCGCGCCCAUGGGCGACGACGCGGCCCCCGAGCUCGAAACCCUAGCCGCAGCCAUGGUCGACGGCGCGGCCGCCGCCGCGCCCCCCUCGCCGUCGCCCUCCCCAUCCUCUCCUUCCUCAUCGGGCGCCUCCCCGUCGCCCUCCUCCCCUCGCACCAAGCGCCGCCGCACCGACCGGGACACGCUCGGCUUCGAGUUCGCCCCGCGGCUCGCUCCCUACGAGGUCGUGGCCCCGCGCGCCGGGGCCGGGCCCAAGUGGACGGAGCGCUCCACCUUCGCGCUCCUCGACGCCUGGGGCGACCGCUUCGUCCGCCCGGGGGCGGGCCGCAGCGGCAUUAGCGCCGAUGAGUGGCUCGAGAUCGCUCGCCUCGCGUCCGCCGCCGCCGACCGCCCCCCGGGGUACUUCUCCGAGACGCACUGCCGCAACCGCAUCGACACGCUCAGGAAGCAGUUUAAGAAGGAGAAGGAGAGGGCGCGCCUCGCCGCACGCCGCGGCCUCCCCUCCGCCUUCGGCCCUGUGAAAUGGGUCUACUACGACAAGAUGGAGUCAAUCCUGUGCCCGUCGCUCCCGCCCCCGCUACUUCCCCCUUUCCAGUCACCGGUCGUGAAGCGCCGCCGCGACACUCAGCCAUCGCCGCGCUUGGGAUGGGGGAUGAAGGCUCCGGAGUGUCUGCUGGGCGGCGGUGAAGAGGCAGCGCCCAGAGUUACGGGGCUGGUAGCAGAAUUCGGUGAACCUGAACCGCAGAAAAUUAGCGCUGUCGAAGGGAAUCGGGACGGGUUCAUGGCUCUCACGGAGUCGAUUCAGAAGUUUGCAGACGUUUUUGCGAGGAUAGAGAGUAGCAAGAGGCGGCACAUGGCCGAGGUGGAGCAAAUGAGGAGGGAUUUGCAAAGGGACCUCGAUGCAAAGUGGAGAGAGAUUUUGGAGAAGGCACGAGCGGAGAUUGCUAGUCUCAGUGAUGAGGACGAGGAUGAGGAUGAGGAUGAGGGUGGUGUGGAGGAAGAUGGGGUUGUUGGUGAUGAUAAGAUAUUGGAGGAUGUUGGUGGUGAAGAGCAAAACAAUGGUGCCAUGGAUGCUUCUCCGUAGCAUGCAGCCUAGAAGUUCACAAAAUGAGGAACAAAAGUUUGGGGCUUUCAUGUCGAUAGAUGAAUCCACAUGGUAGGCAGGUGAUUAUGAUUAACUCUGUAACUGCUGAUAUUAGGAUUGUGAGUACUCAGAUUCCAAGAGAUAUGUAGCUAAUGAAUUAACAGGGAAUAUAUCUGUCAACAACCGGUGCAAAUUGUUGUGUAAUUCUCUUUUGUGUUUCGUCCUCAUCAAUGCUGCUAAGCAAAAUAUUACUGCUCUUUUGGUUACUGUAUAUGGCUAUUGGCUUACUGACGUGUGAUUUCGAGAUAAUAGCAUUUGAUAGCUCGUAGUCCUUACUGUACUGGGUUAUAACUGCUCAGAUUGUUGUGUAAUUCUUUUUUGUGUUUUGUCCUCAUCAAUGCUGCUAAGCAAAAUAUUACUGCUCUCUUGGUUACUGUA